UGAGGAGGCAGAGGGUGGCGAAGAGGAGGCAGACGGGCAAGCCGAAGAGCAGCCAGUGCGGGAGCGGCGGCAGCGGCGGCGCCGGGGGCGGGCGGAGCGGGGCCCCGGCUUGCAGGGCGCCCUGCAGGUAGCAGCAGAAGAGGACGGUGCGCAGCGCUGCCCACAGCAGGCACAGGAAGAGGCAGACGCUGCGGUAGCUCAGCCGCUUCUCCCGGUAGCAGAACAGCAGCCAGAGCUGCAGGACAUGGGAAUGCUCUGGAACUGCAGCUGAGCCAUGUGAGCCUGAAAUCUGGAUUGGUAAACCGGACAGUUCUGCAUUGGGGGUUCUUCUGCCAAAAGCGAAGCGAUCAAAACCCGGUGUCGGGGGAGCUGCCUGGUUUUGGGAAUUCAGUAAUGGCACAAGCCCUCCCAGGAUGUUUAGCAGUGGCUGGCAACUGGGCUCCAUUGCCACUGGAGAAAAGAAAAGCAACCUUCUGGAGGACAGUGAUGUGUGGAUGAAAUGCCAGUGUACAGCUACAGAUCUGGAAAGCUGGUUUUGAAACAGGGGCGAUAACUAUUUACCUUUAUGAUCUGGUCCCCCGGUGAAAACCAUCGAAAUGUCUGGAGUCAUGACACCGCCGCAAAUGAAUGGAAGGCGUCUCCCGUUCUCCCUCCUGCUCUUCUGGGCUUUGUGUGUGUCUAUAGCAAGCAGUGCAGAAGACGUGAUUCCGGAGCGAAAACCCCAGGAGCAUUUCGGAGGCUUGCAAGCAUCUAAAGCAUCUUUGGUUUAUUUUCGGAGAGACACUUCUCCUUCAGCCGAGGUGUUUCUGGAACAGCUGGAGGGCUCUAUAGAAGCACUCCGAGAGUAUGGCAUUUCAGUCUUAAAGGUUAAUUGCCACAGAGGAGAAACAUCAGGUUAUUGUGGGGAGGACAGAUCCUUGGAAAAAGCAUUCCUCUACAGGGGCCACGUCCUGCUCCGUGAACUCCCCACGGACGCCUUGUUCAGCGUGGACGCCAUUGUGGCAAACGUGCUCUUCGCCCUCCUCUUCAAUGAAGUGAAGUAUAUGACAACGGUGGCCGACCUCCAGAGCCUGGAAGGCAGCCUCAAGGGCCAGGCGGACCUGGUUUUUGCGUACGUGCAGGCUGUUGGGACUGCAGAGCACAGAGUGUUGAUGGAAGCUGCUUUUGUCUACGACUCUGUGAAGUUUGCCUUAACCACUGAGGUGACGCUUCUGAGGAGCAUUCGCAGCACAGAGCCCGAAGUGCUGUCCUCGAAACUCUUUUUCUGCCACUGUAAGAAGGCCACGGAUCCAGCCCAGCCGUGCCGUAGGACACUGAUGGAGCAGCCGCUGACCACGCUGAACAUCCACAAGUUCCUGAAGCUGAUGGGGGAGCCCCUCGUGGCGGAGGUUGCAGAAGAUCCGGCGAAGGUUUCAACCGCUCACCUCCAGCUCGGCCUUCCGCUGAUCUUCAUUCUGACACGGGACGAGACGUUGGAGGCGGAGAAGAGGGUUGCUGAGUCUGUGGCCUGGCGGUUGUUGGGGAAAGCCGGAGUCCUCCUGUUAUCAAGGAAUUCGGUCGGUCAGGACAUUCUCCCCCGGUAUAAUGUGGCCAUCAAGACAGCCAAAGAGGGUGUGCCUGUGAAAUACCUAGUUUUGAAAGACGUGGAUGAAAUCGUAGCCUUGGUGGAAAACGGGAAACGGACCGAAUCUGCUCAGGAGCAUGAAGAGGAGGAAGAGGAGGAGGAGGAGGAGGAGGAGGAGGAAGAUGGCGAAAACAAUGAACAAGAGAUUCAGGAUGACCAAGUGGUGGAAUCUGUUAUCCGAGACCGGAAGCGCGAGCUUCCCCUGGGACACAUCCGUACCCUGACGGAAGAGUCCUUCUUCUCUGCUCUGGCAGAAGCCAGCCACAUGGUGGUGCUGUUCUACGCCAGUUGGGAAGCCGUCUCCCUGGUCGUGAUGCAGACGUACGUUGAAGUAGCUGCUCUUCUGGAAGGAACUCCUGAGAUUUUCCUUGCAAGGGUGAACUGUUGGGACUGGACGCAACUCUGCAGGCAGCUCAAUGUCACCCAGUUUCCUACCCUCAAGAUGUACACAAAAGGGGGGAGAUGGCUGGUCUACUCUGGGAUGUGGGGGACUGAGGAGAUGUUGAGGUUCAUUGAGCUAAGCAGAACCGUCUGUCCAGUGAGGCUGAUGACACCUGAAGAAGUGGAAGAAUAUUUAAGUGCCAAAAUCUCUCCAUACCACGAUGUUUCUGUCCUGGGGCUCUUUGACUCAAGCAUGAGUGAAGCAAGAGACGUCUUCGUUGAAGCAGGAAGGCUCCUAAACGAAUAUGUUGCGACAGGGAUCUACUACGAAGAGGAUGCCCCGGAUCUCUCCCGUAAAUAUAACGUGCAUCUCCCAGCACUGCUGCUUGCUAAGCCUGAAACGCAGAGAAGGAGCGCCAUUCAGCUCUCUGAGUACGGAACACAGGACAUUGUUGAAGCCGUCCGUCAUGCGCUACGGGAGGCAUUUCCGGAAAUCACCGUGGGAAAUCUGCCGGAGUUCUUCCACCUGGGCAGGCCUUUGCUCCUCCUGUUCAGCGACGGGGCUCUGAGCAAAAGUGUCGAAGGAGAGAUGAGGCGUCUGGCCGAAGACGAGCACCGCCAAACCUUUGCCGCCUGCUGGCUGAACCUCAAGAACACGCCUGUGGGGAAAGCGGUCCUGAAGGCGUAUUUGGGCCCCUCGGUGCCCCCCAUGCCCCUCCUCCUCUGGAUCAACCUCCACGCCGGGGGCCAAGUGUUUGUUUUUCCUUCGGAUCAGCUCCUUUGUGAAGCAAACGUCCUAGCUUGGAUCGAGAAGCUGAAAGCCGGCCAGGAAGUUCCAAGCACUACGUUGUCUGAUGAAGACUGGAAGCCCCGCCUUCCCGCCUACGAUUUCCUGAGCAUGAUGGCACCCGCGCUGCCCGAAUUUACCAUUUACAGCCGGGGGAGCGUACGGACCCACCAGGCGGCGGCAGAGGAGGUCGUUGGAGAAAAGGAGGCGGGAGCGGCGGCGAGGAAGGAGCCCGUGGAAGACCCUUCUGCGGCAGAACCGGAGAAAGAGCAGCCAAUGGGAGGGGACUUGCGGGGGACAGCGCCACGCCUGGCAGCCCGGGAGAAGCCGGCUAAGCGCCACGUGGAGUUGUGAGGCUCCCCAGGGCCCCGAAGCCACGGAAGGUUCUGGGAGCAGGAGGUGGGCAGGCGUGAGGGCUUUCUCCAGCCCCAUGGCCUCCCCUACAACUUUUGCACCAGCACAAACAUUAGGUGUGGGCUGUACGCCAAGGAGACGAGGCUCCAUUUCAUAAGCCUGCCUUCAGCUCCCCAAAUUGCGGGGGCAAAAGGAUGGAGAACGGGCGAGCUAAUAUUGACUCAACAGACCGGAGGAUGCUCCCCUCAGACAAUUGAGAAAUGGCUGCCCUCGUGAGGAACUGCAGCCCUGGUCCUGCUUAUCUCCGCUCCUAAACUCCUGUGGAGGGCUGCUAGGCCCUUGAGGAAAGGCAGCCAGCCUGAAACCUGGACUUGCGGAAGGCGACCAAGAAGGCCCCAGGAAAAUGGCGGCUUUCAGCAGCCACCCAAACAGGCCGCAGCUCUGGUGAUCUCUGAAAGUGUUGAAUUGGGGGUGGGGUGGGGGGGCGGGGGUUGGUUUUAUUUCCCCUUCCGUCAUCUAGGAGCCGGUUUGUUGCUGGCAGUUCCAUAAUUUUGGAAGGUCAGAACAUCCCUGAAAUUUAAUCCAAUGAAUGGAGAAAGACGGGAGUCUGGGGAACAGCUAUCAGCCUUCCUCAACCUGGGGCGCUCCAGAUGUGUUGGACUACAUCUCCCAGAAUGCCCCAGCCGC